UCUGACGUGAACACUCAACACAAAUAAUUUCCUGAACGAAGUCCACUAAUGCAAGACUGCUGCUAAAAGGGUGAAUUUGAUAUUUGUUCAAAAAGCAACCCCGCCUUAGAUGUGCUUUAUAUGUCUUUCAUUCUGAAAAGUUAUUAAUGGAUGGACCACGUACGCCAUAUCCUUCGUCUGAGAAAUUUACACGGUGAUCCGCUGAAGAGAAUCAAUUAACCCGAGUCAUGCCGAGUUCAGUCGAGUCCCUCAUCAGUGUGCUGGAGUCAUACAGGGGAAGGGAUAAAGUGAUCAGGACGCUGUGCUACGGCUCCCAGCUGGUCGGAGGCGUUCUGGCCCGGAAGAGGUCCCAGUCUUCGGUGGGGAAGCGUCUCCUGCUGUUCUCCGCUCAGCUGAGUCACUGCAGAACCACACUGAGGCUCUUCGAUGACCUGUCCAUGCUGGCCUACUCCACCAGCUAUGGGCUGGGAGCCUCGGAGGAGGAUGGUUUGGUGCGCUGGAUGUCCAUUCUGAUGAAUAUAGCUGAUCAGAUGUAUUACCCCUGCGAGCACAUCGCCUGGGCCGCAGACGCAGAGCUCAUCAACACCAGAUCUGACCGGUGGUGGGCGCUGAGCACGGGCCUCUGGGGCCUGUCACUCGUCCUCGGCAUCCUCCGGUCCAUUAGAUCCAUCCAGAUUCUGAGGAGAAGAGUGCAGAGGUGUGGAAGUUCAGCGGACAGCAGCGGGGAGAGAGCUGCGCUCCGGAAGCAGGUCCGAGGGGAAGUGCUCGGUGUCCUGGGCGGGUUGUCCGAUCUCAGCAACGCCGUUCACUGGAUGCCGCCGGGGUUCCUGUGGGCUGGACGGUUUCCUCCAUGGCUGGUGGGGCUGAUGGGAACGGCCUCGUCUCUGAUAGGUCUCCUACAGAUGAGCUCCAGUGAUCAAGGAGCAUGACUUAAACCAUUACAUACACACACAUGAUCUGGGACUAUUUGUAAUGUAUUAAUAAUUAUGUUUAACAAUGUGCAAUUUAUGCAGACUCACUGAUAAGUCUGUAUUUUGAAAUUUUGUUAACUUCUACUCUGGUGAAUAGUUAAAAAAAACAAUGUUAUAUUGAAUUGUAGAUUCAACAAUUUAUACAAAUAAUGUGAAAAUGAUUCAAGCGAAAUAAAAUUUGUAUUUUUUCAA